AUGCACCGCCCUGCAGCCGCCGCCGCUGCCGGCCGAGGAGGAGCCAUGACCCUGAGCGCGGAGAUGUCCGAUGCCUCCGGACUAGCGGAUGAGACCGACAUCGACGUGGUGGGGGAGGGCGAGGACGAAGAGGAAGAGGAGGAGGAGGAAGAAGACGGCUGCGGCGGCGACAGAGGCGGCGGGCCGGGGCUCCGGAGGCGGCGUCGCUCUUACGCUGAAGAGGAAGACGAGGAGGAAGAGGACGACGACGAGGACGAGGACGCGCUGCUCUCCCCGGGGACUGGGGGCUCCGCAGCCGCCCCGGGUGCGGGCCAGGCUGCCGGGUCCGGCGGCGAGAGCAGCGGCGGCGGGGGCGGCUCUGGAGCGGCGGGCGGCGGCGGGGGCGGCGGCGGCGGGGUCGGCGGCGGGGCCAAGAACCCGCUGGUGAAGCCGCCUUACUCGUACAUUGCGCUCAUCACCAUGGCCAUCCUGCAGAGCCCCAAGAAGCGCCUGACGCUGAGCGAGAUCUGCGAGUUCAUCAGCGGCCGCUUUCCCUACUACCGGGAGAAGUUCCCCGCCUGGCAGAACAGCAUCCGCCACAACCUCUCGCUCAACGACUGCUUCGUCAAGAUCCCCCGGGAGCCCGGGAACCCGGGCAAGGGCAACUACUGGACCCUGGACCCGGAGUCCGCCGACAUGUUCGAUAACGGCAGCUUCCUGCGCCGGAGGAAGCGCUUCAAGCGGCAGCCGCUGCUCCCGCCCGCCGCCGCCGAGACGCUGCUGCUGCGGGGCGCGGGGGCCGCGGGGGCCGGAGGGGACCCUGCGGCAGCAGCCGCCGCAGCAGCCGCAGCCGCCGCCGCCGCGGCCGCCCUGUUCCCGCCCCCGCCCCCGCCCGCGCCGCCCCCGCCGCCCCCGCACGCCUUCGGCUACGGCCCCUACAGCUGCGGCUACGGCCUCCAGCUACAGCCCUAUCCGCCUCCCUCGGCCCUGUUCGCCGCCUUCCACCCGCACCCCGCGGCGGCCGCCCACCACCACUCACACCCGCACUCGCCGCCUCCGCCGCCACCGCCCCCCGCCCACGGGGCGGCGGCCGAGCUGGCCAGGACCGCUUUCAGCUACCCGCCGCCCCCGCUGGGCCCGGGCCUGCCGGGCUCCCUGCAGGCGGCGGCCAAGCCCGGGGCCGGCCCGGGCCUGGCGCGCUCGCCCUUCUCCAUCGAGAGCAUCAUCGGGGGCAGCCUGGGCCCCGCCGCUGCCGCCGCCGCCGCCCAGGCCGCCCAGGCCGCCGCCGCCGCCGCGUCCUCGUCGUCUUCGUCGUCGUCGUCGUCGCCGCUGUCGCCCUCGCCCGCGGCGCCCGGGGGCAGCUGCGCCGCUCAGGCGGCCGUGGUGCCCGCAGCCGCGCUCACCCGCUCCCUGGUGGCCGCCGCCGCCGCCGCCGCCGCCGCCUCCUCGUCCUCCGCAGCCCUGGGGACGCUGCACCCGGGGACGGCCCUGUCCAGCGUGGAAACCUUGACUGCCAGGAUUUCGAACUGUUAA